AUGAUGAUGAUGAUGAUGAUGAUGAUGAUGAUGAUGAUGAUGAUGAUGAUGAUGAUGAUGAUGAUGAUGAUGAUGAUGAUGAUGAUGAUGAUGAUCGACGGUAUCCCUUUACAUACAACUAUUCUUUUACUUAUUAUAUAUAUGAUUAAAUCAACAUGUUCUGAUUUUUCUUUGGGUGAACGAACCGAUGAUAAUGCAAAACAAUCAAUAUUAAAUACAUUAGAAAAGAAAUGUGAAUUACAAAUUGAAAUACAAUUUCAUAAGAAGACAAAUGAACCAUUUCUUUGUUUAUUGGAUAUUGUACCAAUUAAAAAUGACAAAUCACAAGUUGUUCUAUUUCUUGUAUCUCAUAAAGAGUUAUCACCUGAUCGACAUGGACGAAAUAAAGCCAACUAUAGUAUACCUGAAUCAAGUUUAAAAGUACCAUAUAUGUUAUCUGCUCAACAUUUAACUGGAACAUCUCCAUCAAAUAAAACACCAAAUUUAUUAACAAUGGGAUUAGCAACAACAAUUACAGCAGCAGUUCUUGGUUCAACUGGAUUUCGUAAUAAUAAAUUAUUAGAUUAUUUAAGUGCUAGAAAGAAUACAACAACAAUACCACCCCCACUACCAACAUCACCACCAACAACAACUACCAUUACUUAUAAUAAAUUAGAUAGAAAUACUUCAAUUGUAAAUAGAAAAUUAUCAGAUCGUACUUCUAUUGAUUCGAAUAAAUCAUUAACGAAAUAUUCAUCAACAAGUAAUAAUACUGUAAUAAAGGAUGUUCUCAAUAGUUCAAAACAAAAUAUUCUAUUAGAUCCAAUUGAUGUUGAAAGUGGUCCACUUUUAAUAACAGAAUAUAAAAGUAAUGGUAAUAAUAAUAAUAACGGUAAUAAAUUAUUGGAUCCUACACGUUUAAUAGUUCAUGAAUCUGAUUCAACGGAUACAUCAAGUGAUGAAUCAAGUAAUUUAACUAAUGAUCCAUCAACUGUUUAUAAAUUUCAAAGAAGACGAAGUCGGGCUGUAUUAUAUCAUUUAUCUGGACGAUUUGAUCAAAAAUCUAAGCAUAAAUUACCAUUUAAAAAAUUUCAACGUAUUUCUGGCAAAGAAACAAUACCUGAAUAUAAAGUUCAAGAUGUACAAGCAUCAAGAUUUAUAUUAUUACAUUAUAGUUUAUUUAAAAUUAUUUGGGAUUGGAUGAUAUUAUUAUACUUAAUUAUAUGUGAUAUUAUUGUUGAAUUAUUAUUUAUUAUAGAUAUUAUAUUAAAUUUUUGGACUACAUAUGUUAGUAAAAGUGGACAAGUUGUAUAUCAUUUAAAAGCCAUUGCUAUCAAUUAUUUACGUGGUUGGUUCUUUCUUGAUUUAUUGGCGGCUAUUCCAUUCGAUGUUAUUUUAGCUGUAAAUAAUCCUGAAAUACAAGGAACGAUUGGUGAAAUGGGUAAUUGGAUUCAUUUAUUGAAAUUGGCACGUUUACUUCGAUUGGCAAGAUUAUUUCAAAAAUUGAACGAUAUUCUCAAUAUAGUACAGGAAUACAGUUGGUUAUAUGAAUUAGGUGAACGAAUGCAAUUGAAUCGUUCAUAUUCAAUAAUGAAUAAAACGAAUGGAUUAACUAGACGUGCAUUAUAUGUAUCUAGUUUAUAUUUUACAACAACUAGUUUAACUAGUGUUGGAUUUGGUAAUGUAUCACCGAAUACAGUAAAUGAGAAAAUAUUUGCUGUGAUAACUAUGCUUAUUGGAGCUCUUAUGCAUGCAGCAGUAUUCGGUAAUGUGACAACACUUAUUCAACGUAUGUAUUCAAGACGUUCAGCAUAUCAAACAAAGAAUCAAGAUUUAAAAGAUUUUACACGUGCUCAUCAUAUACCGAAACCUUUAAAACAACGUAUGCUUGAAUUUUUUCAAGCUAUGUGGGCAAUUAAUCGUGGUAUAGAUAAAGAAGCUAUAUUACAAUCAUUCCCGGAAAAUUUACGCGGUGAUAUUGCUUUACAUUUAAAUCGUGAAAUAUUAUCAUUGAGUUUAUUCAAAAGUGCCAGUCCUGGUUGUCGUAAAUGUUUAGCUCAAUUAAUAACAACACGUUUUGCUACACCUGGUGAAUAUCUUGUUAAUCAAGGUGAUGCAUUACAAUUUAUCUAUUUUGUCUGUAGUGGUUCUUUGGAAAUACUUGGUGAAGAAGGUACAGUUGUUGGAUUGUUGGGUAAAUGCGAUAUAUUUGGUAGUGAUAUGGAUGAUUUACCUAUAUUGGGAUAUUCUGCUUAUAAUGUUAAAUCAUUAACAUAUUGUGAAUUACAAUGUAUAGCAUUAGAUCAUCAACUACAAGAAAUAUUUGAUCAAUAUCCACAAUUUCGAAAACAAUUUGCUUUAGCCAUUUCAGAAGAAUUAUCAUUUAAUUUAAGAGCUGGAUUCGAUCCAACUUCAUCUUUAGAGCUGAUUCCCGCAAUCACUGUCACUACUGAUAAGAAUACAGAUUUUGAAGAUCAUUCCGAUGAUGAUGAUAUUAGUAAUAAAUCUCAUGAAAUAAUCAAUGAUGAAUGCAUUUUACUAACUAAUUCACAGAAUAAAACAUCAGUGAAUAAGAAAGACGACGAUGAAGAUGAUGAUGAUGAUGAUAAUGAUAAUGAUGACGAUGAUGAUAGAACUAUGACCCAUGAAACAGGUAAACUAUUUAUAAAUAUAAAAACAAGAAAUUUAAAAAACUCUCUAAACGAUAAUCGUCUUGACAACCAAUUCAAUGAGAAACAAAUAAAACUAUUUGAAAAUUUAAAUUCUUCACAAAAAUUUAAAAAAAAAUUUAUUCAUAUAAAACAAAAUUCAUUAGAUUUAUAUACAAAACAUUUUGAAAAAUUAAAUAAUUGA